CGGUAGGGCUGGAGCGGCUUCUUCGCUCUGGGCUGUUUGGAAGGCCGCAGACGUGAACUCACGGGCCUGCGAAGUGACCGGCCGGUGCCGGAGGGCCGGGCCUGGUGGUCUUCCUCACUCCCACUCCCCAGAGAAUCUUGAUGAAUAAAAUAAAGCAGACAUAAUUCAUCUCUGGAAAGAUUAUUUAUACCUUGGCAUUUGAAAUGCUUUGUAUUUAGAAUAGGAGUUAAAAUGGAAAAAGAGAAGGGAAGUGAUGAUGGAAAACCAGACCCAGAGAGUUCCUUGGACUUUUCUGAACACUUUAACCAGCUUGAAUUGUUGGAAACACAUAGACACCUUAUUCCCAUUGGUACCCAAAGUCUCUGGGUAGGGAAUUCUGACGAAGACGAGGAGCAAAAUGAAAAAACUGAAGAGUGGUAUCAACUGCAAGAAAAAAAAAUGGAAAAAGAUCCCAGCAAAUUGCUUCUUUGGGCUGCUGAAAAAAAUCGGCUUACCACAGUGCGGAGACUCCUUUCUGAAAAGGCCACCCACGUAAACACCCGGGAUGAAGAUAAUUACACCCCGCUCCAUCGAGCAGCCUACGGCGGACACUUAGAUGUUGUCCGGGAGCUGAUCGCCCAAGGGGCAGACGUCCAUGCGGUGACUGUGGAUGGCUGGACACCCCUGCACAGUGCUUGUAAGUGGAAUAACACCAGAGUGGCUUCUUUCUUAUUGCAGCAUGAUGCAGAUAUCAAUGCCCAAACAAAAGGCCUCUUAACUCCCCUGCAUCUUGCUGCCGGGAACAUAGACAGCAAAGAUACCCUAGAACUCCUCCUGAUGAACCGCUACAUCAAACCGGGUCUGAAGAACAGCUUGGAAGAAACUGCAUUUGACAUCGCCAGGAGGACAAGUAUCUAUCACUACCUCUUUGAAAUUGUGGAAGGCUGCACAAAUUCUUCACCUCAGUCUUAACGGUUCUAAUAAUUUUCUUAAGUGUCUAAGUACCAGUGCCUCCUUUGUGUGAGAAGUGAAAAAUCCCCAUAAUACGAAGUUGACAUCGAAGUCUUACCACAGUAAUUCAGUGGUACUCAUGAUGGUAUCCUUCCAAGUGAAUUGCCUGACCUUGAUGUCAAAAUGUAUUUGAGAGUUGUGUGGCUGUGUCUUUAAUGAUUUCUGUGGAGUUGGUGAUUUUUAUCAGAAAUCAUUUUAACUUACCUAUACCUAAAAACUUGUCACAGGUUGUACAGAAAACUAAUGAUAUUUUUGGUGCUGAUCCAAGAGAAAUGUAUUUUUAAAUAACCCCCAUCCUAGAUCUUUGUUGAGUAUUUAGUAUAUUGACAUGUAUUUUUAUAAGGUAAGGUAACUCAAUUUAAUUUAAAAGUCUUAAAUAUACUGGUGCGGUUUAGCUGUCUCCUCUGCAUCACCAUAGCCAUUUGCUUUCAUUGUAAUCCGUAAGAAGUAACGUUAUUAGUGACCUGAAUCUUCAUAUGUUUAAAAAAAGCAUCAAGAAACCUAGAUUUUUGUCUUUUAGAACCUAGACUACUUUCAGGAAAGUAGUUAGCUAGGUGUUUAAUCCACCAGUGUUAAAUACUGCCUCCCCUCCCACAAGUCACACGAUUCUGUGGACCGUCCUACCUCACCCUGGUCAACCUGCGUCAUCCUUAUUCUGCUGGCGCGUCAGCACGACCUUUCAGACCUGACCUGCGCACAACCGUACCUUGAUCCAGGAGGUCACAGUGUGUCUGCCACCCAGCUCGUUUUCCCUGCCUGGUCCUGCCGACCUGGGCACUGCUCAUAUAGUCUCUCAAGUUCACAGGAAGUGUUAUUUUCCAGGGUCCUCAUUUUGUACAAAUCACACAAAGGCAAAGCGACAAGGGAAAAGGAAUUUGAAGAAUGAGGGGAUGAUUAUUAUAUUGGAGUGAGAACCAUGAGUGGCUCAGGCUUUUUUGAAAAGCCACCGUGUGGGUAGUGACGAAAGCAUAAAUAUAAAUAUUCAAAAAUAAAAGUUUUGAACAACCGAAAAAA